AUGUCAAGUAGGUUACAGGAGGGCACUCUGAUGCAGAGAGAUAGAGUGGAGGUUGCCAACCUGAAUAAGAUUAUAAAGGCCGCCCUACCAAACAUUAAUUACUUGUCUACUGUGGUUACAACCAGGUCUACACAGCAGACGAAGAGGGUAUUCUUACUGCUUUUUCCUACCACUGUCUACAUGAUCCAACUGGCUAUUAAUUUAAAGAUUUUUUCCAAAAAGAUUGUCGAUGCAGUACAAAAGCGUGAACAGGAGAAAUUGAUUCUUACUCUCUUGUCCAUUGUUCUUAUGAUCGUCCCCUUCGAAUUUGGGGCAGUUUUCGGUGUUGUGUUCAGCGGUAUUGCCUGGGGCAAGGUGGUCUUGACGGUCCACGACAUCAUCAAAGGGUCCUGCACCUGCGCCCUACACCAUUCUGGCCAUGCUGGUCGCCCGAUGGGGUUGCCAUUUAAGGGCGAGCGGACGGACGGCCUUCGGGCAAGCUGGGACACACACGGACAGCUCUGA